AUGAUGGUGGGUUGGGGUAUGGAGUGGACGGCCUCGGUUUCUGGAUUAUUCUGCCAAGACUUUUUUUGUAUGGUACAAAUUUGGGGGCGUCCUUUGGCGGGUGUGUCCAUUUCUCCUUCUUUUCUUCUCUUUCUUCCUUCCCCAUUCAACGAUAUAAUCGUGCGAUUACUCUCGCUCUCUUCGACGAAUUAUCUCCAACUGCUGCUGAUAUUCUCGAUAUUCUCAAUGGCUACUUCUCUUCGUUCUAUCAAGUCACUUGCACCUCUCCUCGACCGCAUCUUGGUACAACGUAUCAAGGCCGAGGCAAAGACUGCGUCUGGGAUUUACCUUCCAGAGUCCACUGUUGAGAAACUCUCUGAGGCCAAGGUCCUUGCUGUCGGCCCUGGAGCAACCAACAAGGAGGGAAAGAGAAUCGAGGUAUCUGUCAAGCCUGGAGACAGAGUACUGAUCCCUCAGUACGGUGGAAGCCCGGUCAAGGUUGGAGAUGAGGAAUACCACCUCUUCAGAGAUCAUGAAUUGCUUGCAAAAAUUAACGAAUAAAUGCACUUGAAUCAACUGGCCAUACGCUAUCCAAACAGAAAGGGGAAUGAAGUUCUGGAAAACUGAUGUAAUUUAGUAACAUAAUCCCGUUCUAUAGGAUAUGAACUACUAUUUAGUUCGUAUUCCCAUAGAAUAAACUGUAUAAAUUCGGGAUCUGUUUUUUUUGCCGAAAUGAAUCGAGAAAAUCUCUACUCAAAA